UUGAAGUCAGCAAAAGACAACAACUUUAUUGCUUUAAAAUUCCGUGGCACCCACCACUACAUAUUCAAAUCUUCAACGCAUGUUUUUGGUGUUUCUCCAUUUGCGUUCUGGUUUCAAAGAUCUCUGACCCAGAACCCAAAACUUCUUCAGAUUGCUGUUUUCCUAUCACCUCAGGCAGCUGCAAGAGAAAAAUCAAUGUAUCCAAAGGUGAAGGUGAGGGAACUAGGGGAAGAUGAUCUAAUAGCUUUCAAAGUUCAUGAGGGGACUUUGAAGGAUUUUGAAUCUCGCCCUAUACAUGAUCUUAGUUCUUCAGUCACCGAAUGUGAAGAUGAUUCACCACGAUCUGUCGUGAGAAUUCCAGAGUCACAUAUCUCGAAUUCAGUGAUUCGUAUGACUCCUUUAUCCAAAGAAGGCAAGAGUGACAACAAAGUGAAAGAUGCGGAGGACAACAAACAAAAUGUUAAAGCUACUUCAGUCCUGCGGCCACGUGCUGUCUUAUCAAGUCCCGAUAAUGAUGGGAUGAUUGGAAACCGAAACAAGGAUGGGGUGAUUGGAAACCGAAGCAAGGCUAAAGCAGAACUACUUUCAGAUUUGAAGAAUCAUAAUUUGUGCCAAAACAGGCACACCAGAUGCAAGGUUACACCCAAGCAAAGCACUAACGAAAAUUCCAUAACCAAGAAAGGAGAGUCCAAGGAAGCUGGUGAUAGUAAAAGUGAACUAAAAGUAAAAGGACGCUCAACAAUAGCCAAUCCAACACAGAGAGUGCACCUCGGAAAAUGAAAACCCAACUCGGAAGUUAAGCUCUAAGGAGUUUGAGAUUAGAAUGGUGUUCAACCUUUUUGAGUGGACUUUCACAUAACCGGAGGCUUAUUAACUGGAUAUAUCAAACCAUCUGUCUAUCCAUGGCUUUUGUGAGCUUGGAGAAAUGACAAGUUUACACGAUAAAGGCGUUACUCUUCUGAAGAAACAAUGAAGAGGUUUUGUAUAUGAAAAGUAGCUACUUUGUCUCGACCCUUUUACGUGUUUUGUUAUACUAUUGUCGAAGGAGAAAGGAAACGUUUGAGCACUUUAUAGUAUCGGAGAUACAAAGAAAAUUGAUUUUCAAGAUAAA